GCAGUCAGUCCGUGCUCGACAUCUAACCGCGUUGAACCGGGUCGUUUCCAACAGGACUUGUCUUAUGAACACUGAGUAAUUAUUUCGUCUUCACACGGACAGAAGAUUAGCAGUAACGUCACGCCUCGUAUUUUAGAUAACGGUCCCGCGAAGUCAAGUGCAAUUCACGGUGCGCUCGUGAGGACCCACCUGCGCCUGAAGCGGCUCCUCUGUUGUCUUUUUUUUUUUUCUUGCCCUCCGAUCUGAGAGAUGAAGCUAUUUCACGCUUUGGCCGUGCUCAUCAUCGCCUGGUGUGCGGUUAUAGGUCGCUCUCAGGCUGUUACUCUGGAGGUGAGGGCGGGGGACUCCACCUGCAUUAAGGCUGAGCUUUCAGCGUCAUUCUCCAUCCCGUACAACACCUCCAGCAGCACGAGAACAGCGCAGUUCUCGCUGCCUGACUCGGCCACAGUGGAUACAGGCAGCAGCUCGUGUGGCACAGACAGCAGCUCGCCAUGGCUGGUGGCUGUGUUUGGACCGGGCCACGCUCUGGGAUUAAGCUUUUCAACCAACGGAAGUCUGUACAAUGUGGCUAACCUGACGCUGCAGUACAACCUCAGCGACACAUCGGUCUUCCCCGGGGCAGACAGCUCCGAUGUCGUCACUGUUGUGUCGUCUUCAGUUGGGAUCUGGGCAACGGUCAACACCACCUACCGCUGUGAGAGUCCCACCACUUUCCGAGUUGGAGGAUCAACUGUCACUUUUUCUGGCACGAGACUCGAGGCGUACAUGCCACAAAAUGAACUCAGUCCAACAGAGAGUGUAUGCAUGGCAGAUCAGGCUAGUACUACAGCUCCACCAACCACUGCCAGUACUACAACAACCCCAGCCCCAGCACCGACCCCUCCAGGAACUCCUGAACGGGGCACCUACUCCGUAAACAACAGAAACGGCACUGUGUGUCUCCUGGCCCGGAUGGCACUGCAGCUCAAUGUUUCCUAUUUCUCUCUAUCGCAGAACAAAACUGUGCAAGAAUUAGUAAACCUGAGUCCCAAUGAGACCAGUGUAUCAGGAUCAUGUGAAGCCAGCAGUGCUUCCCUGGUUUUAACACAAGAGCAAAUCACCACACUCAACCUCACCUUCACCCUGAACUCCACAAGCAACAAGUACCGCCUGAGUGCAAUAACUCUGCGGGCUAACUGGUCUGACAUGAGGGGUCCUUUCCUGGCCAGUAACACCAGCCUGGAUUACCUGCGGAGUACCCUCGGCCGCUCCUACAUGUGCAACGCAGAGCAAACUCUGGCUGUAGUGCCCACUUUCUCUCUCAACACAUUCAGAGUGCAGGUGCAGCCCUUUGAAGUCACCACAAACCAGUUUGCAACAGCCGAGGAGUGUCAGAUAGACCAAACCCAGAUGUUGAUCCCCAUCAUCGUGGGAGCCGCUCUUGCCGGCUUGGUGCUAAUCGUCCUCAUUGCGUAUCUGAUAGGCAGGAAGAGGAGCCACGCUGGAUACCAAACUAUCUGAGUGGACCCUUUAUUUCAAACUUAAACCUGGCAGACAUGGGUGGAGAUGAACCUUAGUGUGUGAGUGAGCAGGUAAUAAGACUAGACACAACAUGAGUGAAUGGAAGCAGUCGGUACUCUGUGGUGAGUGCAUGCUAGUUUUUGCAUAUCAUGUGUGACCUCUGGAUAUUUUACUUUCACUUUCUCCGUGAGACGAGAAGCCAAAGACCUGCUAAGUUUAGUUUGUGUGAUCAUCUAGAUGGAGUCGAAAAAGGAUGGAGGCAGUCUGAAUUACCCCAUCAGCUGUUGUAUUCUUGUUCCAUUAUGUUCCAUGAAAUGUUUGAAUUUGCUCAAACUGCUGUUUGUUGUUUAUAACUUUAUAAUUAUUUAAAAAUUAUCUUUUUUGUAUCCCAUGCAGUUACAGAGGCAGAGAGUCAAUAAACAGCACAGCAAGAA